GAGGGCGCGACCGGCGGCCGGGGCGGCGGGCUGCGGGCUGCGCGCUGCCUUCGGGGCUCCCGUCCGUGCGCCGGGGCGCGGUGGGGGGCACCGCGGACCUCCCUCCCACCCCUUCCGACGGGCCGGGAGACCCGGGAUCGGGACCGCUCGCCCGUCCGUCGGGGGCCGGCACCAUGGCGCUGCGCGCCCGGGCGCUGUACGACUUCAGGUCGGAGAACCCGGGGGAGAUCUCGCUGCGGGAGCACGAGGUGCUGAGCCUGUGCAGCGAGCAGGACAUCGAGGGCUGGCUGGAGGGGGUCAACAGCCGCGGCGACCGCGGCCUCUUCCCGGCUUCCUACGUGCAGGUGAUCCGCGCCCCGGAGCCCGGCCCCGCGGGCGACGGCGGCCCGGGCGCCCCGGCUCGCUACGCCAACGUGCCGCCCGGGGGCUUCGAGCCGCUGCCCGCCGCGCCGCCCGCCUCCUUCCGGCCGCCCGCCGACGCCUUCCAGCCGCCGCUGCAGCCGCAGCCCGCGCCGCCGCCCAGCUUCCCGCCGCCGGGCGCCGGCUUCCCGUACGGCGGCGGCGGCGGCGCCCCGCAGCCGCUCUACGGCGGCGGCUACCAGGCCAGCCAGGGCAGCGACGACGACUGGGACGACGAGUGGGACGACAGCUCCACGGUGGCCGACGAGCCGGGCGCGCUGGGCAGCGGCGCCUACCCGGACCUGGACGGCUCGUCGUCGGCGGGCGGCGGCGCGGCGGGGCGCUACCGCCUGUCCACGCGCUCGGACCUGUCCCUGGGGCCGCGCGGGGGCGGCUCGGCGCCGCCGCCGCCGCACGCGCACCACGCGCCGGGCGCGGCCAAGAGCUCGGCCACGGUGAGCCGCAACCUCAACCGCUUCUCCACCUUCGUCAAGUCGGGCGGCGAGGCGUUCGUGCUGGGCGAGGCGUCGGGCUUCGUGAAGGACGGGGACAAGCUGUGCGUGGUGCUGGGCCCCUACGGGCCCGAGUGGCAGGAGAACCCCUACCCCUUCCAGUGCACCAUCGACGACCCCACCAAGCAGACCAAGUUCAAGGGCAUGAAGAGCUACAUCUCCUACAAGCUGGUCCCCACGCACACGCAGGUGCCCGUGCACCGGCGCUACAAGCACUUCGACUGGCUGUACGCGCGCCUGGCCGAGAAGUUCCCCGUCAUCUCCGUGCCGCACCUGCCCGAGAAGCAGGCCACGGGCCGCUUCGAGGAGGACUUCAUCUCCAAGCGCCGCAAGGGCCUGAUGUGGUGGAUGAACCACAUGGCCAGCCACCCGGUGCUGGCGCAGUGCGACGCCUUCCAGCACUUCCUCACCUGCCCCAGCGGCACGGACGAGAAGGCCUGGAAGCAGGGCAAGAGGAAGGCGGAGAAGGACGAGAUGGUGGGCGCCAACUUCUUCCUGACCCUCAGCACGCCGCCCGCUGCCGCCCUGGACCUGCAGGAGGUGGAGAGCAAGAUCGACGGCUUCAAGUGCUUCACCAAGAAGAUGGACGACAGCGCGCUGCAGCUCAACCACACGGCCAACGAGUUCGCGCGCAAGCAGGUGACGGGCUUCAAGAAGGAGUACCAGAAGGUGGGCCAGUCCUUCCGCGGCCUCAGCCAGGCCUUUGAGCUGGACCAGCAGGCCUUCUCGGUGGGCCUGAACCAGGCCAUCGCCUUCACCGGAGAUGCCUACGACGCCAUCGGCGAGCUCUUCGCCGAGCAGCCCAGGCAGGACCUGGACCCGGUCAUGGACCUGUUAGCGCUGUAUCAGGGGCACCUGGCCAACUUCCCGGACAUCAUCCAUGUUCAGAAAGGAGCUCUCACCAAAGUCAAGGAGAGUAGGCGCCACGUGGAAGAAGGGAAGAUGGAAGUCCAAAAGGCUGACGGCAUUCAAGACCGCUGUAACACUAUUUCUUUUGCCACAUUGGCUGAAAUCCACCAUUUCCAUCAAAUUAGAGUAAGAGACUUUAAAUCACAGAUGCAGCAUUUCUUACAACAACAAAUAAUAUUUUUCCAAAAAGUGACCCAGAAGUUGGAAGAAGCUCUUCACAAAUAUGAUAGUGUUUAAUGGCUGGACUUUGAAUUGUAGACUUUUUAUUUUUCAGCUCAAGGAUAAUUUCUCCAACAGAAUAAAAACUGCUAUCAAAGAGCUAUUGCCAACUACCAGUGGUGGUACAAGGAUGGUUUUGUGUUCAACUGAAACCCAGCUGAAUCUAUAAUUAUGUAGGAGAGAAACGGUUAAUAUGGUUAUAUAAUAGAAACAGUACCACACAUUGUAACUAAAUUAUACUAUGUAUGCCUACACUACCAUUGUAACUUUUGGAAUAAUGAUUAUACUAUUUGCCUUAUUGCUUUUUGAAGUAUGGGUAUUUUAGUGCAUACUUUGUAGACCUCAAAACCCAUGAAGGGUCUCAAAGAAGCUGGCUGGACAAAAGCCUGCAGUGGAUGCCUUUUUAUUCUCAUUGAUUGGGAUUACCUAAAUUCAACCUAUUCUCUGUUUACAAACUCCAACUAGAGCAGCUAUGCGACUUUGUGCCUUUAGACUCUUGGUUUUUCAUCCCCUCCCCCCCCCCACCUUCCCUUUUUUUUUUAAAGUAAGACACAACUUUUCUGAUUGAAAGAGUGAAAGGCCAGUGCAUAGGAUGACAAGCUGGUGAUAACCUCAUAUUGUCUGAGAGAAGGGGUAAGCAGAGUAGAAGGGUCAGCUGUCAUCAACUUGCACAGCAAAUACUGUCUCCUGAUAAGAUGCUGGUGAAUGGAAUGCAGAGGAGUGAGACGCAUGCCCAUCUUGGGAUAUGAAAUCUAUUAGGGAAGAGACAGUAAAUGUACUGUCAUCUCCCACAGGCCACAGUAAGCAUGACACCUGGGCAUGAGGAUUGCUGCAAACAUGUCUUAGAAAAUGGAGGAGGAAAAGUCUGAGGAGUCAGGGGAUACCAGUCCAGAAGCAGUGACAACACACUCCAUUUUAGUUCUUGAAAGAGUUUCCUGGUUUUUUGUUUUUGUUUUAUAGCUUGAAGAUUUUAAUAAUCAGUUUUUUAAUAGAUCUACACUGUUAAUUGAUGGAGACUCCACUGUGAUUCAUUCGUUUACUUAAUCAGAAACUUUUCAGGGAUGUCUGUAAAUUUCAGUGUUAUUCGUGAUGAAAAGUGGUGUCAGUUGAUUUAAGGAGGGACCAGAAAUAAUUUCUACUAUUCCAAUACUGAAGGAAAAAUAAUAUUGAUUUAUACUGUAUUUUAGAAAAAGGAAAAGUAUUGGUAAAGCCCCCACCCCUGAACAUUUAACCUUAAAAAUGAUUAAAAUAUUCUUUUAUUAUUACAAGGGAAGUACGCAUGGAUGAUAAAUACCAAAUAGGUUCAAAAGCAGCUUAAUUUAAAAAGCACAAAGAGAUUCUGGCUGAAAAUGCCAAGAUCAUGUUUUUAUAGUUGCUGGGUUAAAUAAUGUGAUUCUUGAGUUUAUAGAUUUAAAAAUCCGUCACUGAAAGGUUAAAGUAGCUACUGUUUUCAUGAAAUAGAACUUCUGCUGCCUCAAAAAUCCCUGAGUACUGGAAUGGUAACGCGGAAGUGGAGGUCAGUUUGAAAUUGUGAUGAGUCACAAUUAUUACAGGAAAAGGUCAGCUUGUAGGUCUUAAGAAGAAAAGGUUAGUGGAAUAAUUAAUACUCAACAGCACAUUUACUCUCUAAAAAGUUAUCUCCUAUGAGUUGGGUGUUUUUUGUUUUGUUUUGUUUUGUUGUUGUUGUUGUUUUGAGCCAGUAUUAGGGCUUGAACUCAGGGC